AUCCAGUCAAAAAGUAAAAAAAGAAAUCUGAAAAAGAUUUAUAUAGCAGCAGUCACACAGAGAUAGAGUCACAGUCACAAAACCCAAACGCAAAGAAAACGAACCAACAUGGAAUCGGAAAACACCACCACCACCACCGCAACAACCACCGCAGUUUCUUCGAGCUCCUCCACGAACUGGACCAUCGCCGGUGGCUCUCUCGUAAAUUCCGUCACUUUCGAGUCCUAUCUUUCCAACGAUCAAGAAGAAGAAGAAGAAGAAGAUGAAGAAACCACCACAAUCGCCAAUUCAAAUCCAACCACACCCGACAAAUCCCCGCUUAUUCUGCGCCCUCCCUCACCGGAUUCGAACCCUUGCGAGAUCAAAAUUGGUUUCACGCAAAAGCAUGAGGUGAGGCAGGUUUAUGUUCGAAGUACUGCUCGAGUCUAUGAGAUAUACUAUGAAUCUGGCCCACAGAAAGACAAUGAGUAUCUGUGUACUGUUCGCUGCGGUAUUGCUGCCAGAGAUGAGGAAGUGCUCACAACUGACAUUAAAGAUGUUACUGCCAAUCUGGAUGGGCCUAGAAAAGGUGUUGGUGAAGAAGAGAUAAAAAAUGGUAGUAAUUUGACUACCAAUGAAGAUGGCUGGGUUGAAGUGAAAGCCCCUUGUGGUCCUGUGGUUGAGAAUAAAACCAUCGCUGUGCCAUCAAAGGCUGAUAGCAUGGAAUGGACAAGCAAACAGGAGUUAUAUGAGGCUACAGCAGAGAUUACUGAUGCUAGUCCUUGCACAUCCCUCACACUUCGUCUGCUCUCACUUCAGAGUAAAGGGUGUGUCUAUGUUGAUGAAGUGUAUGUGUUUGCGGAUCCUGUUGAUGAUGCUGAUUCUGAAAAUCAAGAGGGUCAGAUUGAAAACUCAGCUGGAAGUUCUCUUAUGGCCAUGCUUGUACCUACCCUUUUGCAGUUUUCCAAGUCGACUGAACGCACUACUGAUACAAGGGAAAUGCAGAAAUUCCCAGAGUCUGGUUCAAGAUCAACUGAUCCAACAACUUUUGCUGCUAAAAUUCCGCAGGAAGGAAAAUCCAGCAUAACUGUCCAUCAAGAUGUCAAGUUGCAAGAAGUGAAUGGUGAUGGUGCUGGUCCAGCUCAGUUACAGAACCCUCCACAAGUUCCUGUUUUAGAAAUCAAGCCUGAUAACCCGCCAUAUACUCAUCUUGAAAGAGCCAUGGACCAACUUGUUUCUCGAGUGGCCAGAAUUGAAGAUCUUUUUUUGAGGUUUGAAGAAAACAUGCUGAAGCCCAUAGGCAGCAUUGAGGCAAGACUCCAGAGAGUAGAGCAGCAACUUGAAGUGCUAAACAAGAAAUCAGAGAAUUCUGAAUUGCCAUCUCACUCAAGAAUUUGUGCUCCUGAAUUUUCUAGCAAUGAAUCAGUUACCAACUCCUUUUACAGUAGUGUAAAUGGUUGUCUUAAUUAUAUUUAUGGGUCAUUUGAAUCAGAUAAGAAGGAUUUUUGUUCAGAUGCCAUAUCCAUCCCUUUUAAUGAUACGUCUGAUUCAGUAAAUGCUACUUUGGUGGUCCCAAGUCUAGUAGUUACAGCUCCUGAGUUUUCAAAUGUUGAUGAUGAGGAAGAAAAUUUGGCGUCAGAAUCAGUGACAAGUCCUUUAAAGGAUAAACCAAAGCAAGUUGUGUCAAUUGAUGAUGCUUUGGCAUCAGCACUGGCAGGAUUUGUAUCUUCAACUUCAAUUCAGCCUCCAUCAUAUACUCAAACUCUUGCAGUUAAAGCCCCUGAGUUUGCAAAUGAAGAAGAUGGAAAUGACGAUAGAAAAGAUUCAGCUAGAGUUCAAUGUGAAAUAGAUACAGAUCAUUCAGUUUCUUAUGAUAAAACAGAUGGGGCACAGAGCAUGAAAGAUUCAACUUCAUCCGAUACUUCUUUAGAGGGUGAAAGGAAUUUGACUAGAUCUCUUAAUGAUGACUACUCAGAGAAGACAACUGAGGGGGCUCACAACGAAUGCCAGAACUAUGACAGAGGAGAAGACAAUUGUCAGGCCACAGGAAUUGACACUGGUGUCUCUUCAGCUGAACCUGAUGUGGCAAGAACGGAUUCCUAUCAGAUAGUGAAGGAAAAUGAAAUUGAAGAAGUGAGCAAUGAGAUAAGUGACAUGUCAGUUCCUGAUAAUACUAAUAUUGCAAAUGGUGUGCUUCCAAGUCAGACUGAGAAUGUCUCUGAUACUACCCAGGAAGGAGCUGUUGCAAGCUUGGAAUUAGUUGCUGCUACUGAAAGCAAAAAGUCUGGAUCUGACAUUCUGCGGAAAGUUCUUGAAUUUUCUUAUGCUUCUGCAGUGGAUUUCAAGACUCCAGUUCUGGAUGUGAAAUUUGCAUCUCAGGAAAAUUCUAAGACUUGGACUACCCUUGAAGCUCUUUUGACUGACAUGCAGAAAUUAAGUAUUGAACCUCCUGUCAUUGAGGAUACUGGUGACAAUGAUUCCUCCAUUGGCGAGCAAUCCAGCUUAAUUUUGGUGGAGGAUGGUGAACCAUCAGCUUCUGCAACCAAUGGCCAUUUUUCACUGGAUACAAACUACUGUAAUUUAAUGGAUGUGGCUUUGAUCACCGAGGGCGAAAGCCUGCAGGAUUAUCGUCCAUGCUGCUGCAGCCAUGAAUCGUUUGCAGCAAGUCUGAUAUGAUACAGUAUUAAAGUUAUUUGGUUUUGUAUAUAAAUUUGGUUUAGGCAAGCAAUUGAUGUAUGCUGAUUACCAUUUGUAUACUUUUUUUUCCUCUUCUUUGACCCCUUUUCAUUUCUACUUAACUAUUCCAGUGUAACUUAAAUGUCUAAUACUUUUUGACCA